UGUUGUCGUCAUAAUGUUAUUACAGGUAUUGUACCAACUCCCUGGUGAAAUGAAGGCAGCACCUGAAUUCCUGCUUGCUUCACUGGUUGAAUCCGAACUUCUGCUCAACCCUUUCUGCGGUAUCGAGACACAACUGGAAAAAAAGGCCUCUUACAUGCAGUCUCGUGUUGAUAAACUUCACCUAUACAAUGAACAAGCAAACACCGGUGCAACUUUGACGAAGGUUCAAGAAGAAGCGCGUAGCAAGCUUGACGAGGUGAUCAGACACCAGGAGUACGUUAAGCAUCUUAUCACGAUGGUCCAUCGGGAUCAUGUUGCUUACGACAAAGCUCUCAAGUCUGCUGAUGCAAUCUUGGAACUCAAGGUUGCUUCUGCGAUGGGUAAAGCUAUCUCGCAGUCUCUUGUAUAUAAUGAGAUUAUAAAGCAGCUAGCUCAUCCCUCUUCUAGGGAGGCUUUUCUUUCUGGAACGAACGGCGCCAUUCGUCUUUCUGAAAACGAUCUUCAUGCCAUCCUCCGCCUGCAGUGGGCAUUUUCUCCAUUACAUGAUGGUUUCUCUUCGAUCGAGGAGCUCGAGAAGAAAACGGAGGAUGCUGCUAAAGUUGUUGCGGCCAUACUUUCGAAGACUAAUGUUGUUGUUGAUGAUGAAACGGGUCUACAAGGGAAAGAUGCAUACGCUUUAUUGGAAUCCAUCAAGACUUGCCAGUUUUUUGUGAACGGUUAUUUCCUCUGCUCUAACGGAAAUAAGGAAAGUCGUUUGUCCUCUGUAGCUGAUUCAUCCGAAAAGGAAGUGCUUUCGACUGAAGCCGAUUCUCCCUUGUUGAGUGCAAAUGAGGAAGGCGAUCGGACGUACACGGAAAAUACUGAUUCUGCUCACGCUGUGACGAACGAAAGUGUUGGAUUGUCUGAUCACGACGAACUUAAAUGUGUGGUUAAUUCCGUGAUUAGAGAAGGAGUUCCAGACGGAAAGCCAACGUCGAAUGAUGCACGCGUUCCAUCCGCUGAAGCUAGUGAUGAGCACAUAGAAUCUACAAACGGAUCUGAUUCUGGAAACGGAACAGUUACUCCUAGCUCAGAUGCGCAGUCUGCUUCUGCCAAGGGUAGCAAGUCCACGCGCGGCGGAAAGCAGUUCUUCAGAUAUCGUAACUCUAACUAUCCGAGACGAUAUCCCAAUAAAGAGUCUUCGCAAGCAGCAGCGGAAGGGUCGCCAAGGAACAACUCCGGAAAGGUGAACGGUGAGGACCAAGUUAGGCGUCGUGGCGGAAGACAGUACCGCCGAGGCGGUCGCGCCAACGGAUUUGCUCCAUCGAACUACAACGAGAACGAUCAGCGGACAAGAGGCUCUCGUCCGGGAGCUCGCGCCAGCUUCCAGCAGAUUCAGGCUGCCAGUUUUCACUACGAACCAGGAGUUGGUCGUCGCCCUGCACCUACCACUUGUGGAAUAGUGUUCGGCGGUAGAACCUAGAAAACGCAUAACGGUUGCUGCUACAUCUUGAUUGGACAUAGGAUUUUCAUCUUGAUAUACCAUGAUUGUGGGUUUCACUCACUAGCGGGAAUUUGUUCUUGUUUCUCUGCUCGAAUACGAUUUUCUUCGCUCUUAAUAUGUGUGGUUGUCUAUGAAAGCAUGUGCGAGUUGUUGGGCUUUUCUACAAUUUUUUAUUGUUCAUUCCAGCUUCUCACUUUGUCACGCGCUAAAAUGUCGCGGCUUCUCAUGGGUUACAAGAUCUUCGAUUCUGUUUCGAUAAGAAUAUAGAAUUAGUGUGAUUUUACCCAAGUUUUGUCUGCGACUUCCUAUUACUAAUGA